GAGGAGGAGGAGGAGGAGGAGGCGUACUUGGACGGGGGCUGGAGGGUGAUGGCUGGCGACGACAUUUUGGCUGUGGGCAGGAGGACAGCUGAAACAGGUUCCGAGGCUCGAGACUUGGUUUGAGCAGAGCAGGGGAAAAUUAAUGAAUUAAUUGGGUUGCGAAGUGAAUAGCGAGGCGUCGGUGUUUUGCAGAGUGAGUCUUGCGCUUGGGGUUUAGAGAGGAGACAGGAGUCGAGUAGGGGGGUCCAAUUGACCGAAGCGAUCUGCGCCUGGACCCUGCGUAUCGUGUCGCAGCUUCCCAGGCAUCUCCAACACCCCUGUUGCCAAGCAGAAGCUUCGAGCUGGAGCUACCUCCAAAUCGCGUUGCCCAAAUACAAAAUUGGCAGGGGAUACUGGCAUUCCAGCAGCAAAACAAACUGAAUUGGCCACAGUUGGGGGAACAUGCGCGCUUUCAGUGAAGCUCUAGCUAAUCCAACGCGUGUAUGAAUAGAUGACAAGCUACCAGUGGGCUUACACAAAUCCUACCGUCCAUUUGAUACACGCCCAAUGCAUCCGCUAAAGUACCGCGCGGCAUGCCCCACCACAGAUGUUCAUUGUCCGUUGGUUCCGACUCGAGAUGAUACACCUGCUACCGUUUGUCAAGACCGCUCAAGGACUUAAACCAACGUUCCCACAUGGCCGUGCUGCUGCUUCUGUGUUAUCUAUUCAGCCCCCAUCGGCCGAUUUCGGACAUGGACACCCCUCCAACCUAUGAACAUGAGCAACGCCUCCGGGCCAUCCUCUUGGAGAAGACAUGGGUGGGGUUCGACCUUGACGACACCCUGCACGAAUUCCGCCGCGCCUCCUCUGCCGCCACCGCAACCGUCUUUUCAAAAAUAACUGAGCGGCAUGGAGUCCCCGCGCCUGCCUUGAAAGAGGAGUACUCCAAGAUCCUCCGAAAAGGAACAGCGAACGCCUUCUCCGACGGAAAGACGUCCUUCGACUACCGGAAGGAGCGGUUCUCGCUGCUGGAGCACUUCUCGCUCCCCCACGACACGGAGUUUAUGGACGGUCUCCUGACCUCCUACGAAGCCACCCUGGUGGCGUCUCUCGAGUUAAAAUGCGGUGCGCUAAGCCUCCUAUCGACUAUCAAAAAUCUUGGCAAAAAGAUUGUCGUUAUCACCGAAGGCCCACAGGAUGCUCAGGAGCGGACGGUCGAAGCUCUCGGGAUCGCCGGCUACGUCGACUUCCUCGCCACGACAAACCGCUUCGGGGUAUCCAAGGUGGACGGCUUGUUCGGGAAGGUCCUGCAGCACCUGGGCGUGGGCUCUGGCGAUAUUGCAUAUAUUGGCGACAGCGACGAAAGGGAUAUGAAGCCCGCCAUGGUUGAUGGUAUCUUCUCGGUUCAUCUUGCGGAAGCGAAGAACGUGUCUUUGAUCUCGUCUCCGCCGCGAAUCAACACGCUGAAAACACUGCAAAUGAUGCUCUCUGGAUGAUCGGGGCGGACUGUCGUCGAUGGAGGGGGCCUUGGGGAUGAGGGCCUAAGAGGCUCCCCUAUUUUCUUGGUCUGCGACGAAGCAGGACGUCCCCCCACCCGCGGAGUGCGUUCCACGCCAUAACGCAAUGAUAUCAUCCCUAUAACUGUGAUUUAAACAAGCGAACACGAAUGGUACCAAAAGCGCCAAAAGCUGCACAGCCACCAUGAGAAAGAAUGUAGCGACGAGGGCGUUUAUUGAGCAACUCAACCAAGGGGACGCCGCCGUCCGGGGCCGACGUCGAAGAGGAGAAGGCAUACCUGGACGUGGCCGGAGGGUGAUGGCUGUUUCCGGGGGACCGUGACAUAUAAAAUUAAAGCGCUGUACCGGGUAGGCAAAGUAGUACUUUACUGGCCGCCACAGUGCUCACUCAUUUUUAAUUUCGAACCAUCUCGAGGCAAAGUCCGAUAUCAGCUUGGAAAUCCCCCACACAGCGCCAUACACACCUCCGGCGGCGGCGGCGGCGGUUCUUGAACACACGGGCCGCCCCAGGCUUCCAGCCAUCGUCGCAAAAGUGUAACCACAGAGGGCGUCCCACCCAAUAAUCUGUAAAUAUCGGAUUAGAAGGGUGACAAGCAUGCGCGCCUUGCCUAUCUUUUUAUAUUCUUUCCCGCUUGGUGUUAUUUCUGUGGUUGUUUUGUCAAAGCAUGUGGAUCCGGAUACGUUAGGUCUUUCCUUUUUUCCACGGGAAAUUUGCAUAAAUAUUUCAAGCGCUGAGCGUUGCGUCGAGAUCUUGGUCUACCAGGAAGCGCGUUUACCUGGGUGAUGAUAGGAAAGUAAAGUAAUCUUGCAUGACUUACUGAUUCUUAUCGCU